AGCCAGGGAGGAGGAGAGGGUAGCCAGGGAUGGGGAGCAGGACCGAGGAUGGAGAGCAGCGGCCGGCCGGGGUCGAGGGCGGCGCGGGGCGAUGUGUGCGCCGCGCCGAGGCUCUGUGCAAACAUGUUAAUUUGUUUUCUUUCUUGCCUCGCCUUUCAGGGUAAUUGGUUGCAUUUGAAGCCUUUGUGAAAGCCUUUGAUUAUAGUAAUUUCAGCAGCACGAUCUACCCUGGAUUCCUUCGUCAGAUUCUUUCACAGCUCCAGCACUUGGGGCUGUAAUUACAGAGCAGAGCGCACCCGGCUGUUGAGUGUGGGGCAGCUGGACGGGGCACCGUGGCCGUGGGAGCACAGGGACUGUCACUGGAGGGGACAAUCAAGCCCUUGGGAUGAGGCAGGAGCAAGCCAGGAUGGGACAGGAGCUGUGAUGGGGAGCUUUGGUCUGUGCACUGCUGAGUUUGUUGGGUCUCAGCUGCAGGUGUGGAUGUUGCGAGCGCCCGUGGUGUGGUUGCCCAUGCUGGGGUUGCCUCCUGGCUUGUUGGGGUCAAGAGUGCUUUUAAUUGCUGCUCUAUGGAGCCAAUUGGCUUUUCUGCUGGUUGAUCCCAGGUCUGUGCUGGAACUAGGACUAAAGCCCAUGAACACCCAUGACAGACACCUCCCCCCACCCCUUGUUCCCAAUCCAUGCGCAGGAGAAAGGCACGGCACGACUGUGUCGGAUCGGUGAGGUUUUUCUUUGAGGAGCUGGUGCCACAUCCGAGGGGACACGUCUGUACAAGUCUGGCAGGACCUGGCAGAUCCUGCCCGCCCGCUGUGCGCUGGCCCUGCCGGGACCUCGGUGCACGCAGCCAGGGCUGAGCUCUGCCAAAAACACCGACGGCACCCGAGCGGGGCCCUGACCUUUGCUAACGGGGCCUCUCCCCCCUCGCUCCUGGCAUUUUGUUCCCAGUCCCACGUAAUGACCUUCUCGGCAGCGCCGUGCCAGCGUCUGCCACUUCCAAUUACCCACGGCUGCUCGGCGCCCGCCGCAGCACGCGGGGUUCCUUCCUCCCCACCAGGAUGGCAGCUAGGCGGGGGCAUGCUGCACUGUGAUCCCCCACCCUCCUGGCUUAGGGAGCCCCCCAACAGCACCCAGGGCUCUAGGUUCCUGCCCCGGGGUACUGGAGGUGCUUGGCUUUCCAGAAUCAUUAUUAACCUGUUCGAGAGCUGUUCCCGCUCGCAGCGAAAAUAGAUCUUUAAUCUCUGCCCAAAAUAGCUCAUUUGAUGAGAGGCCUCCUUAAAGCUGACACAUAAAUUUAACCAGGCUGCCCGAGCCCUGCACGGGGAUGUCUGCAAAUGCUCAACAGCACUCGAAUUGUUGGGUUUUUUUUAAAUUCCAUCGUUACAGACACAUCAGAUACCAUGCUUCUUCCAUAGGGUCUUUGGAACUGUUCAGGAGGUGAUUUGCCAUGCCCUGUCCUAGUUCCUUUGGCCCUGCUUGUGAGCAAAAGGUUAUUUUGGGGUAUUUUUUGAUGUUGACUUUCUUGAACAGUCCAAGGGGUUUCUCCUUGGUGCUGCCACGAGAGCAGAAACCUCAUCUCUGAGUGGGGUGGGAGAGACAUGAGAUGCUGCUAUAGGUUGCCAGCAGUGAGGGUCCUGGUCGAGUGCCACUCUAUCCCUGGCACUGUGCCACAGCUGCAGGGCUCUGUGCCAUCCUGUCACAGCAGCCCAAAAAAAGUGGGAAAUGGGGAUACUCAGGGUGUUACAGCUCUGCUCAGUGCCAGGUCCGGGCUCGCCCCAGCACCUUCCCAGCAUUUCCAUAGAGCAUGGGCUGGGAGAAGUCACUUGGCUGCUCUGGGUCUCUCCCCCAGCCCCCCACAGUCCCCACAUCCCAGCGAGACCCUGAGCAGCAAAAUAAUCACUUCCAGCAUCAUUAUCCGUCACAAACCCCAGCUUCCAAUUUUAAUCAGAGGAGCUGGUGUUGCUUUAAGAUCUGCGGGUUUUAAAGAUCACAAGAGGGGUUAGAGAAAAUUACCCUUGACUCUUACAUGCUAAUGUAAUCUCUAACCAGAUCUGCAGCACUGCAGCUAAAAUUGCUUUUUAGAUUAACAUUUAAUUAUUAACAGGGCCCCCUGAAAGGCCUGGGGCUGGAGCACGCGGAGGGGUGCGGAUUAGCCGGGCAGGAUGAGGGAAGGUAGGGCAAGGGAAGGUCGUGGGGUGACCGGCGGCACCUUUGGUGACAAACUUUAGGUUUUAUUUUACCUGAUGCUCCCCGUGGUUCACAGUGGGGUGACCUUUCUGUGCUCACCCCUUCUAGGUUAGAGCUGUGGCAUCGCUGCAUCCCCUCCACCCUAAAUCUGGAUGGGAGAUGCGUACGGCAGUGCCAGGCAGCAGCAGCAGCCAAAAUCCUGCUCGUCCUGCAGGUGGGGUGGGAAUCCACUGUGUGCAGAAGGGAAUUCUUCCUUCUCUGGCACCUCCUCACCUUUCUCAUCAGGUGGGAAAUCUGUCUGUGGGACCAGUGGUGGUGGCAGUGGCAGGGGUGGUGACAGGGAGCUCCGAUGUCCCCGGGGCUGUGAGGAAAGGGAGCUCCCUGCUGAUGUGGUUGGAUUCUCCAUCCGUGGAGGGAUGAGGGACAAAGCUGUUCCCAGUUGUACUUUGGGCGUACUCUGCACACCAGGGGCCAGUGAGCGUUUUGCUUUGUUUCUCUGGUUGGUGCCAGCCUUGGCCUCGCCCUGUGCUGUCCGUGUGUCUGUCUGGCACUGUCAGAACCUCCUGUGCCUCUCCCAGCCAGGGUGACCCCUCACCUCCUGUCCUUGUGCCAAACUCUGUGCUGGCAUUUAGCAGCCAAGGGGAACAUAGCCAUGGUGUGACUCAAACAGCUUUGCAGCACCCCUGGUCCUGCCCCCCUUCCCUAACCCCAAAGGUUCCUUUUUUAUGGGAUUGUACCCCAAUAACACCCAGGGAAGGCUCUGGGCUUGUUCCAGCACAGCUUGGAUGGUGACCAAGGACUUGUCCCUCACCAUCCCUGCCCUGUCGCACUUCGGCAGCUACACAGACCCACUUCAGGCUGAGCUUUUAGAAGUUCCUUUUUUCUUUUCUCCCCCCUCCCGUCACAUUUUCUUUUAUCUAAAUCCUCGCCUGCAAAAGCCUCUAUCGACAGCUGCACUGGCCUUAUCUCGCGGGAGGGACCUUCGCAGGGCUCUUGGAGGAGAUAAGCCCGACUUAUCAGCUGCUGAUGUCAGAGGAGGUGCCAAACCCUCCCAUCACUGGGGCUUUAGACAUAGAGGGUGGUGUUUUUUAUUAAAGUCACAAAGACCUUGGGUUUAUAAAUAGUGCGAUGUCGAGAUGGAUUAGCUGGGUGUGGGGCAGGACAGAGUGGUGGGAGAGGGGAAGGAUGGAGUUGUGACUCCCCCAUCCCUGGAAGUGUUCAAGGCCAGGUUGGACAGGGCUUGGAACAGCCUGGUCGAGUGGAAGACAUCCCUGUGCAUGGCAGGGAGCAGAACAGAAUGGGCUUUAAUGUCCUUUCCAACCCAAAGCGUUCUGUGAUUCUAUGAUCCCAGAAUUGUGGGAUGUAGGGUUGGGGGCUCCUGGGGAAUCUUACUCCAGAUGUCCCCAAGGGACCCCACUGGUGGUGGGACUCACCCUGUGACCCAGUGCUGGAUGAUGGUGGGUCCAUGGGCACAGCCUGGGCAGAGGCCGUGCAGACUUUGGGCGUUCCAGCAAAACUGCUGAGUGUUGCCUUCUCUGCCACGAAAGAGCCAGAGCAGCUUGAACUAAAUCGGAUCCUGCUGAUUGGAAUUAGUUCAAAUGCAGAUGGAGCUAACUAAGCCGGCGCUAAGCGUUGGACAGCCCAGCGCCCAAUUCCCAUCAGCUGAUUCAGGGGCUUUUCGGAGCAGCAUUAGUAAAAUGCCACCGUGGCACAGAUGCCCAUUGUGCCAGGCGUCCACCCGCUCGCCCACGGGUCCUGUGGGGCUUGGGGCUCCCGGCAGGGUGGCGGGGUGGACAGAUGGACGCUGUUCUGGGGUUGUGGCACCGGACCCUUCCCGGUUCUGAGCGUGCGAGGUGGAGCGAGGCUCAGCGUAGCUGUCGGAAAAAUCAUCUCGGCUGCGAGACGCCGGGAGACGGGGGCAGCAGCAGGGUCUGAAUUAAUCGGUGGCUUUAUUCAGUUUGGCAUGUGGCUCCCGCGCCUCCCCCGCCUGCUGCCGAUGAUGAUCCGUGCCCAGGGUCGGGAUGGCUGCAGGAGGGAGCUGAGCUGUGCAAGGCAGGGCGCAGAGAACAGUGGUGGGGACAACCCGUGCCAGCGUCCCCAGGGACCUGCUGGGCCCUAAUGGUGCCCUCAGCUCCUGUGCCAGGCUGCAUCCGUACUUUCCCUGUGCCCGCAUAUGGAUUUGGUGACCCCCUGGGUGCUUUCUCCUCGCUCUCAGCCCCGCGUGCCACAGGCACCGUCAGAGACCUGAUCCGCAUCCGGCAGUGGCACGAGCCGCCCACGCCACCUGUGUCUGCCAGGGACGCGGGUCAGUGUCCAGCAGGGACGCGGGUCAGUGUCCCCCGAGGAGCUGCCUCGGCGCAGGGAGCGGGUGACGUCCGCCGCUAAUCGUCCAGAUGGUGACACCCAGCGGGACGCCAGCCCCGAGGUCACCGCGGAACUCGGGCUCAGGUACGGCAGGAGCUGAUGCUGUCACCCAUCCCCUGCAUGGCUGUGGGUGCCUUCAUCCAGGGUCACCCCUUGGGGACACCGACAGGGAUGGGGAGAAGGUUGGGGUGACGGGUCCCAUCAUGGAAAAUCCGGUGCUGGGCACAUGCUGGGGGAGCUGAGGCGCCAGGAGCGGGGCUGCGUAAUGAACCCCGAGUCCCGGCGGGGAGAGGAGAACUCCUGGCAGUCAAGUGCGCUCAGGCUCUGAAUAAGAAGCACUUCAUUCUCUUUUCAAAUUGUAUAAUUUCUGCCUGAUUGUAAUGGCAUAUUUUAAAAUUACCAGAAAUCGAAGCCAGAAAAUGGAUACGGCUGCUUUUACUGCGAGCUGCGUUAACAAAGGAUAUGUAAUGCAUGAAAUAAAAACACCUCCCUGCCCCCCUCCUUUUUUUUUUUAAGACAGUAAUAGGAGAAAAUUGGUUUUGAAACUGAAUAAAAGUCCCUUUCAGAGGAAAUCAUUUCUUUCAGGGUACCUUUGCUGAAAGUAAAAUAGUGAAUAAUGAAAGGUGGUUACAUGAUUGUCUUUCAUUUAGAGAGCGCGAGGACAGAUGGAAUCUGGGAGAAAUGCACGAUUGGAAUAAUUGCAUGGUAACAAGGCGCUUGUUGUGAAAUUAGUAUCUUAAGAAAGUAGUGAAAAAGGCUUUUACUCAUGAAUACUUCAUUAUUAGAAGAAAACAGCACAAUUUGGGUUCUCCAGACACCUGCUUGGUAUUAGAUGACUUCCUCCCCUUCUCCUCCUCCUCCUCUUCCUCACACCUUUUGCCGACAAGUCUCUCCUUGUCUCUGGUUUGCUGAGGGAGUCAGGGUGAGAUCCUGAGCCUGAUGAGCCCAGCUAAGGCAUGGACACCGUGCAUGGAUCCCAUCCUGGGGAUUAUCCCAGAGCCUGGCACCCUCUGCCUGAUGGAGGGCACAGAGCAGGAGCGAGAACAAAGUCCCGUUGUCUGUGCCUGUGGUGGCUGAAGGUGUGUCGAAGGGUGACAUGUAAACCAGCAGAGCUUGGAGAGUCCUGGGCACAGCUCGGGGACCGUCCAUCCAUGCUUUGUUUCCUGAUGCUGAUGGUCACAAGCUCUGCCAGUGCCUGCCUGAGGCCACCAUGUGCCUGAGGCCACCUCAUCACUCCCCUGCACGCUGGUGUCAGCACUGGGACAUGCAGGAAACAUCCCAGGCGGCUGUAGGAGGGCACAAUUCCCCCCCAUAGGAGAAGAUGUAGUGAUGUACCCCACAGUGACACCCAUCCAAGAUGUGCAGCUGUGACCACCCAGCCGUCCAUAAACGUUCAGCCAGGGAGCAGCAGCGCUGGAGCUGAAACGCUGGUGGAUGGGCACCACACCUGCUUUUCUGCUGCUCCUGCCCACGUCUCCCUGCCGUCUCCGAGUGGCAAUAUCACUCCCUGUGCCAGCCGAAGCAGUGGGAGGGUGUCAACAGCAACUGGUUGUAACUCGGGGCCUCAGCAGCAGCUGGGGAAGGAUGUACAGUGAGCAGCACCCUGGUGACGGCGACUUUGGCCUGACCCCUCCAGCUUUUGUCAAGCAGAUUUUGAUGCCAGCUGGGAGCUGGCGACAGAUCCCAGGACCUCGAGUAGGAUGUUAACACUGUCUUUCCCCAGCCUUGGCCGGGGUCACUCCAUGCCAGGAGGCACCGGCUGGCACGCCGGCGGAGCGGUCUGGCACUGCCACAUUCCCGGUGGGAAGGGCGGAAAGCUCUGCAGGAAGCGCAGAUCACCCUCUGAGACCUUCAUAUUUAUUUUAUAUACAUCCCCAUUCAUUUCAGGCUUUCAGAGUUGGUUGUUUAUCUCCAGAGGAGCAAAGGCACUGAGUGCUGGGGAGCUCCUGCUGGGUGGGUGGUGGUGGCAGGGGGUGGCGGGUCCCUGGCUCACCGUGUGUCUCCUCUCUCACAGGGCGCGGGGCGGCAGCGCCCGCAGAGAAGCCCAGACCAUGCUGGCCUGCCUGCAGAGGACCCAGAACCCCCCAGCCCAGCACCUCCCCUGCCCCAACAAGGCGCUGGAGCCACGCAAGUGCGAGACGGCCCCCAUGCAUUCCCCGCGCUACCCCAGCCCCGCCGAGCUGGACGCCUACGCACAGAAGGUGGCCAACAGCCCGCUGACCAUCAAGAUCUUCCCCACCAACAUCAGGGUCCCCCAGCACAAGCACCUUAACCGGACGGUGAACGGCUACGACACCACGGGGCAGCGGUACAGCCCCUACCCCCUGCACGCCGGCGGCUACCAGGGGCUGCUGGCCAUCGUCAAAGCCUCCGGCAAAAGCGUGGUGAAGAACUCGGAGGGGAAGCGGACUAAGCUCUCUCCUGCCCAGGUGGGCGUCGCUCCCUACCCCGCCUCAAGCACUUUAGCUCAAGGUCCCUCCUGCGCCGGGCAGCUGAGCUACCACGGCAGCCAGAAGCAGCUGGAGGGUCCCGUGCCCCCUAACGUGACGGUGGCGGCCUCGGUGCUGCCGCUGGCGGGCAGGAGCCUGGCCCUGCCGCCCUCCAACCUGCCCUCCAUCCAGAGCAUCAUCUACCAGAUCAAUCAGCAGUGCCAGGCGCAGGGCGCCCAGCCCGGUUGCCCGGCCAUCGUGGCCGCCCACCCCAGCCCGGCCAAGCACGGCGCCUUCGGCCCCGGCUACGGCGGCACCGUCCUGCCCGAGUGCCGCAAGGGCGCCGAGCUGGCGCUGGGCUCCAACCCGGCCACCGCCACCCUGGCACCCAAGGCGGGCGUUUACCCCGAGGGCAUGGACUACCUGGUGUGGCAGCAGAAGCAGCAGCAGCAGCAGCACCUGCGAAUGUACAGCGGGGGCAGCGGCGGAGGGGGGGCCCUCAGCAAAUCCCCCGAGACUUGCGCGGGCAACUCUCGGCCCUACGGGCUGGGCGGCGCGGCCGACAAGGUGAGCUCGUCCCCCUUGAACUGCAUGCACGGCAACUUCGCGGUGGGGCAGUACUUCGCUCCCCCCUGGAACAGCAUCCUGGUGACCCCCAACAGCGACUGUUACAACCCACCGGAGCUGGGGGCCGGGCCCCGUGAGCUGGGGGUGCCCCCGGGAGAGGGGUUGCCCAGCAAGACCCUCUGCAAUACCUCCAUCCUCAGCAGCAGCCUCCAGUCCCUGGAGUAUCUCAUCAACGACAUCCACCCGCCCUGCAUCAAGGAGCAGAUGUUGGGCAAGGGCUACGAGACCGUGUCUGUGCCAAGGCUCUUGGACCACCAGCACGCCCACAUCCGCCUGCCCGUCUACAGAUAAGGGACUGAUGCUGCUCUUCCCAAACCCAGGGCGAGGACUUUGGCGCGAGCUGCGGGUACCGGACCGCGGCAGCGAGGCGGGGGGACAGGGAGGGGGAACGCGGGGUCGGCUGCCAAAAGGGCUCCCGGGACACUGGCGUUGCACCGGGGUCCCCAGACUGGACACACCCGCGACCCGCUGGAAGCCGAGGCCGAAGGACCGCUUGUCUAUAUAGCUCAGAAAUCAUUUUAUCUCCACGAAUGUGAACAGGGAAUUGCUACGAGUUGCUGCUAUCCAGGGAGGGGAGGCUCUGCUGAGCUGGCAGAGCCUGGUGUCGUGGCUGGCCGGGAGGCUCCAGGGUGGGUCCCAGCCCAGUGUGUGGCCGGGAGGCUCCGUGGUGGCCGGUGCUGACCUGGCAGCUGUCCAGGAGGCUCCACAGUGGCCGGUCCUGGCACGGCAGUGGCUGGGAGGCUCCACGGUGGCCAGUGCCAGCCCAGUGGUGGCCAGUCCCAGCCCAGUGUGGCCACAGGGAGCUGGCGCCUGACCUGUAGCUGAAGUCCGUAACUUGCACUGCUUUGAUUAAAGCUAAUAACUGGGGACAGUCUGGAGGCUAUUUAAGAAAAAAACACUUGAAAACUUGAACAGAUUUUUUGAUUUUUAUAAUUUUUUUUUUAGUUGACUAGGCUGUACAUCUACGUGUUGGCUGCUACAGCGUCUCCUCCCACCCCUCUUCCUCCUCAUCCUCCUCUUGCCCGGCCCCACAGUGGCCACCAGUUCCUAUUCCCAUUCAACCAGGAAGUUUGGGACCCCCUCAGCCCCUCUCUCCUGGGAACCCCCCAACUCUCACACUUCCAGACUGUUUUAUUUCCCCCCUUACUGUCAGUUCUACCUUGGUUCUGGGUCGCGGUACCGGGGCGCUCACAUACCUCCUUUUUUUCUGUAUUUUUUUUUUUUAACCCAAACAAUUCCAAAAUGCUCAUUAUGGUCCGUUAUUCACUCUGUGUAAUUCUGUGUUUAAUAGAUUUGUUCAUUUACAAAAGGCUCCUCACCAUGAAAUACAAAGUGUUUUGAUGAUUAAAGGUAAAAGAAGAAUAAUAUCCCGAUGAAACCCAAGGUGAUUGUGCUCGGAAAAGAGGUACUGUAUCCCUGAAAGCCUGUUCAAGCACUAAGUGCAUUUACAAAUCUCUGAGAAUGUUUUUUUUUUAUACUAAAAUUGACCAUUAUAUUCUACUGUGAGAAGUGCUGGCUGCACUAUAUUGUUUUAAAAAUGAGAAAACAAAAAGAAAAAAAAAAAAGAAAAAAAAAAAACUACACAAAACCCGCAAGCCGUGUGUCCGGAUGGUGUUUUUCCCAAAGUAAAACCAGGAUCUUGCUGGAUGUGUGCUCUGGAGUCUCUUUGCUUUGCUGUGGCCUCCCUCAGAGCCGGGACACACCCCCCCCCCCCCCCAACUCCAGGAGAUUUUUAGGACACGGAGGAGCACCUAUUAAUAUCCUGUUAAUGAUGCUGAGCCAUUAAUCCCUGGGCACCAGUCUCUGCCUCACACCCAAGGGUCUGCACAUGGGACAAAUCCCUGGGAUUAGAGCUGUGGCCUCAC